AUGAGUUGGAACGCCGUGAAACGUGAGCCACUAGGCGGCUCCCACAUUGCUACAGCUCAAAAGCUGUCAGAACUUCCGCAUGUGUACUCAUCUGGCAAGUCUGUUGGCCACAUACCCUCCCGCUACAACGACAAACAUAAAACGUUGUUAUUUCUCGAUAAAAAACUGUACUCGAAUACAUUAAUUCAGCAACCAAGGACGGAUCGCUCCGUUACGUUCUUCGCUAGUAUUACUAUCAUCAACAUCACGGUAAUGGAAGUCUCUUCCCAGUCGACUCUCCUUGCGUGUCGUACUGCGACCAUCGUCCAGUGCUUCACCAAGCAGCCAUUCGCUCCGUUAUGCGGCAGCUGCAUGGCGACUCCCGCUGCCCCAAAUUGCAACAAAUGCGGAUGCGAUACUUGCGUGCACACAAUCUCCUACACUACCGAAUACGAUACUUUCUGUUCCACGGGCCUCGCUAAGCAGGUGUAUGCUGUCACAGAGACAUAUCGUGGGAUGCCCUCGAAACCUACGGUGACGUCUGCAGAUGUCCCCUUCGGUUUUACCGCAGAAGUUCAGACCUGCACAACGUGUGGUCCAACCCCCGUCGUGGCAACAAUCACACGCCCGGUGUCGGAGGUGGUGCAGGAUGUCAGGGCGUCAGGGGUUAUCACCAUACCUGCUGGCAUAGAUCCUCAAUACUCUCUGUUCAGCAUGACCGACUUCCCAAGCGCAGCAUUACCAUCCGAGUCUACACGUGUCACUGCUGCUCAAGACCCUCAAGGAUUGGUUUUGCAAUCCGGCUCGGCUCCCGACGAGACUCUGCCUCUGAGAAAAGACACGUCACUGACGGCGAGCCUUCACGGCACAGUGACGGCGCACGAAUCGAACCCAGACCAGAUCCCAACUCUGGGAUCGCUCAAUUCGGGGGUAGUUCUUCCGCUGCCAACUACUGCUUCACUUCCCAUUACCAAUACAGUGAGCGGCUCUACCAGGCAGUACGGCCCAGCCGCCAGUUAUAAGUGUGUGAUAGCUGCUGGGCUGGUCCUUAUGACGGCUUUGAUGGGAUGA